AAAAAAUUAUGUUCAAUGGAAUUAGUAAAUAGUUUAUGAAGUAUUAACAUAAUAAAUUAGCCGACUUGUCAUCAUACAAGACUCAAACUUAAUCACAUACUGCUGAGAUAACGAGUGAAAUUUCAAUAUGUGGAUUUUGCAAAUUCUUCUCAUUGCACAUUGCUUUUUGCUUGGAUUUUCAGUCAAACAGAGCGAGCAAAAAAUGAUGGCAGCAAGUCGAUUAGAGAAUGUUACGCAAACAAUUGCAAGAAUACUCGAAGGAUAUGACAUAAGAUUGAGGCCAAAUUUUGGAGGUUCACCAUUGUAUGUUGGAAUGGAUUUGACAGUAGCUAGUUUUGAUUCAAUUUCGGAAGUCAAUAUGGAUUACACAAUAACAAUGUAUUUAAAUCAAUAUUGGCGUGAUGAGAGAUUAGCAUUUAAUGCAUAUUCACUGGAAGGAGAUAACUUUGAUGAUAGUGAAUAUAUGUCAAUAAGUGAUGAGGAUGAGGCAAAAGACACGAUAACAUUGUCGGGUGAUUUUGCUGAAAAAAUUUGGGUGCCAGAUACAUUUUUUGCUAAUGAUAAAAAUAGCUUCCUUCACGAUGUCACUGAAAGAAAUAAAUUGGUUAGAUUAUCAGGUGAUGGAUCUGUUACAUAUGGUAUGAGAUUUACAACAACAUUAGCAUGUAUGAUGGACCUACAUUAUUAUCCACUCGAUUCACAAAAUUGUACGGUAGAAAUUGAGAGCUAUGGUUAUACGGUAUCAGAUGUUGUUAUGUAUUGGCGUAAUACCCCAAUACGUGGUGUUGAGGAUGCUGAAUUACCACAAUUUACAAUUAUGGGUUAUGAAACCAAUGACAGGAAGGAAAAAUUAGCAACGGGUAUAUAUCAACGACUAUCAUUGUCAUUUAAACUACAAAGAAAUAUAGGAUAUUUCAUUUUUCAAACUUAUCUGCCAAGCAUAUUGAUUGUUAUGCUCUCGUGGGUGUCAUUUUGGAUAAACCAUGAGGCAACAUCAGCUCGAGUUGCAUUAGGUAUCACGACCGUUUUAACAAUGACAACAAUUAGUACAGGUGUAAGAAGUUCACUGCCGAGAAUUUCCUAUGUAAAAGCAAUUGAUAUUUAUCUUGUAAUGAGUUUUGUGUUUGUGUUUGCGGCAUUAUUAGAAUAUGCAGCUGUAAAUUACACAUAUUGGGGUAAAAGAGCUAAAAAGAAAAGCAAAAGUAAAAAGGGAGGCGAUAAGAAGCUUACAAGUAGAACAGAUAGUCAUCAACAUAGUCAUCACAGUCAUCAUAGUCAUUCAUCAUCAAAUACACAUGAAGAUAUAAUAGAAUUACAGGAUAUUAGGAUGUCACCUAUAGCAUCACUGAGAAAUCGACACUAUCAAAGUGGUGCGACAGAGAAUCUUGACUUAGCAAAAUUUCCACCAAGUUUUCGAAUAACUCGAACGUAUGGUGGAACAACAACAUCAGCCAUUCGUAGUGGUCUAAGGCAUCGUGCAGCAAAAAAUAGUCACCGUCCUAAAAUGUUGCAUGCUCUAAAACGUGGUGCAUCUGUCCUUCGUGCAUCAAUACCAACAAUUAAGGAUGUCAAUAUUAUUGAUAAAUAUUCUAGAGUAAUUUUUCCUGUAUCAUUUUUAGCAUUUAAUGUCGGGUAUUGGGUAUUCUAUGUUUUCGAGUGAUAAAUGCGAUCAAGGUUUGUGAAACGAGUAAGAAGAAAAAUUUAUACAUUCAAAAGAAGAUUUUACCACAAUUAGUGAUCCGAUAGUCACUAGAAUCAUCGUCCACAAACCUGUAUUUCGGAUUACCUUAAGACUUUAUGUUCUAAAUUGACUCGUUUAACCGUAAAAAAAUAUUUGUAGACGUUCAAAAUUAAAGGAGUAGAAUUAUUGAAUAAUCCAAAUUAAUGGAAUUGUUUCUCCUCUCUUUUUAUAUAAAAACAAAUUAAAAUCAAGAUACCUAACCUAAGUAUUAAUGAAAUAAUCAAGAGAAAGUGCUAUGAAUUUAUGAAUUGAGCACAAAUGCAUGCGAAAAUGAAAAAAUUUUGUAGAAAACAAAUGAAAUUUAGGCUAUUAUCGGAAUAAAAAUUGAAGAAACAAUUCUUUUCUCGUACGAUGAAUUUCAAUGGAUGGAGUUUGGUUUCCUUUUAAUUUUAAUUUGUUUAUUUUGACUUUGAUUGAAGAUAAUUCCUUUAGAAUCCUUGAUACAUGAUAUCAAAUCAA